ACACUCUUACUAAAACAAAAUUUGUGGGACUUUUCCUUUCAUUUUUGGCCGGUCUUCCCUUGUUAAAGUAGCCUCAAAAAAAGGUAGUCUAUAAACCACAAACCCAAAUUUCCACUUCCCUUUCCAUUCACAUCAAUUAUACUAUUUUGCUUAAUCUUUAAGCUCACCCCCUUAAAUUGGAGGAUUUCAAUCACUACCCCAAAAAUAAAUCCUACACAAAACCAAAAGGAAUUCCUUAACCCACCGAGAAAAAAGGCCAAGCACCCCCCAAAACAACAAUAUGGCACUAAAAAUGGCCAUAUGUUGUUUUACCAAUUCUCUAGACACUAAAGAUGAAUUAGUUCAUCCUAAGCAAACUCCUUCCCCUACACCUUCACCUCAAAGUGUACCUCAUCUAGGCAUAACUAACCAUUUUAACUCCUCCGAAAUCUCGAUCAACGAGCUUUCGAGCUCGAUCCCGGGCGCAAAUCUCCAUGUUUUUAGCCAUGAUGAGCUUAGAUUGAUCACUAAUAACUUUGCAUUGAGUAACUUUCUUGGUGAAGGUGGGUUUGGUGCUGUUUAUAAAGGCUUCAUACAUGAUGAUCUUAGGCCUGGUUUAGACCCUCAAGCUGUUGCUGUUAAGGUCUUGGAUUUGGAAGGAACUCAAGGCCAUAAGGAGUGGUUGGCUGAAGUGAUAUAUCUUGGGCAAUUAAGGCAUCCUCAUUUGGUAAAGCUAAUUGGGUACUCUUGUGAAAAUGACCAAAGACUUCUUGUGUAUGAAUACAUGGCUAGGGGUAAUUUGGACAAGCAGCUUUUUAGCAGACGGUCUAUUCCAUUGCCAUGGUUAACAAGAAUCAAGAUUGCAUUACAAGCAGCAAAAGGGUUAGCUUAUCUUCAUGAAUUGAAUAAAAAACCAGUAAUUUUCAGAGAUUUUAAGGCUGCAAAUAUUCUCUUGGAUGCUGAUUAUACUGCUAAACUAUCAGAUUUUGGGUUUGCUAGAGAUGGACCAGAGGAAGAUAAGACUCAUGUGUCGACCAAAAACAUAGUGGGCACUAAAGGUUAUGCAGCCCCAGAAUACAUCAUGACAGGUCACUUAACAACAAUGAGCGAUGUUUACAGUUACGGAGUAGUCCUAUUAGAGUUACUAACAGGAAGAAGAUGCAUGGACAAAAAGCGUCCAAAAAAAGAGCAAAGUCUAGUAGGGUGGGCAAGGCCUCUACUAAAAGACCCAAGAAAAAUGGAAGGCAUAAUGGACCCAAGAUUAGACGGGCAAUACUCAAUAGAAGGGUCAAAAAUAGCAGCUAUGUUGGCUUACCAAUGCCUAAGCAAACAUCCCAAAACAAGGCCUACAAUGAGUGCAGUGAUCAAGAUAUUAGAGCCUCUUUUAGACCUUAAUGACAUGUCUUUUGGGUGUCCUUUUGUUUAUGUUGCACGAAAACAAGGUCAAGUAAUAAGCAAUAAUAAAGAGGAGCAAGUAUUGUGUAGUGAUGUUAAAAAUGAAGAUAAAAUUAAUGAGAAGGAAUUUGGAGUGGCAUUAAAAGGAGAUGUUGAACAAGAAAAGGUUUCAACAAGAGAAAAUGAUGAGGAAAAGAAUAGAAAUAGAAAUAGACAUCAAAAAAGGUCGAGGAGUUCUAGAGCAGUAAUGUCUGAUUCAGCUCUUUAUCAAGCUCAAUGAGAUGAUUUAAUUUUAAUCUAAUUAUGUUUGGAUUAUUAUAGAAAAUGUGUACAAAUUUUUAGUGAGAAUAAGCCAAGUCUUGUAUGGAAAUAGUAAGUGGUUAACUUUAAAUGCCUUAUAGCGCAUGCAUGUGAAGGUACUAAGUUUAAAAAACGUUUUAAUUUUUAUUAUAUUAUUAUUAUGAUAAUUUUGGAUA